AACAAACCACAACCAGCAUCAUGUCAGGCAGAGGCAAAGGCGGAAAAGUGAAGGGAAAGGCAAAGUCUCGCUCAUCCCAUGCCAGACUCCAGUUCCCAGUCGGUCGUAUCCAUCGUCUGCUUUGCAAAGGCAACUAUGCCGAGCGUGUUGGUGCUGGUGCUCCCGUCUAUCUGGCCGCUGUCAUGGAGUACCUGGCCGCUGAAGUGUUGGAGUUGGCUGGCAACGCCGCCCGUGACAACAAGAAGACUCGCAUCAUUCCGCGUCACUUGCCACUGGCCAUCAGGAACAACGAGGAGCUGAACAAGCUGUUGUCCGGCAUAACAAUUGCACAGGGUGGUGUCCUGCCCAACAUCCAGGCUGUCCUCUUGCCGAAAAAGACCGAGAAGAAGGCUUAAGUCUGCUUGCCUUGCUACUGCGCGCUCGCGCGCAUUCAUUCAACUCUUGGUGUUGAACCACAAAGGCCCUUUUCAGUGCCAGCAAUACAUUUAUUUUUCAAUUAUUAUAUUAUAUCAAUGUUUGUUACUAUAGUGGUUACUGUCUGUCUCCUAGAGCAGCACUGCUCUUCUUCGCGGCGGCUGGCUUGCUAGCUGCGGCCU